ACAUGCUCUCUGUUGCUGAUGCCGAAAAAUGUAUUAAUGCAUUCAUGACUUCAAGACUAGAUUAUUGUAAUGAAUUACUGGGAGGAUGUCCAGCAAGAUAAAAAAAUAAACUUCAAUUGGUACAAUCAAAAUGCAGCAGGCAGAGUGCUGACGAGAACCAAGAAAUAUGAUCAUAUUAGCCCCAUUUUAUCAUCGUUAAAUUGUCUAACAGUUAAAUUUCAUAUUCAUUUUAAAAUUCUGUUAACUACGAACAAAGCUUUUAUAGUCAAGCUCCGCAGUACUUAAGUGACCUUCUACCAUCCUAUAUUCUAUCACGUUCAUUACAAUCACAAAAUUCUGGCCUGUUAAUAGUUCCUAGAAUAUCAAAAUCCACAAAAGGAGGUAGAUCAUUUUCAUAUUUGUCUCCUAAACUAAACUAUGAAAUAGUCCCCCUAACACUGUUCGAGAUGCAGACACACUCACUCAGUUUAAGUCUAGACUAAAGACUCAUCUAUUUCGCCAGGCAUACACCUAAUUUAUCCUUCAACUCACAAUUAGACUGCUAGGCUGCAUGAUAACAGUGAUCAUGAUCUAUAACUCUGCAAUAAAUUGUAUGGCAUCUAUGCUAAUAUUAUUUUAUUUGUUUCCCUGUCUCAACCUCGGUACUCCUAUACUGAGUUCACCAGAACCGGCUGGAUCCAGCUCCAUUCCUGCUUCGUGUUGGACUGCACUUCUAUGUGUCGCUGUGUGAUAAUGACUGAUAACAGCCGGUGCCAGCCAAACAUCACUUCAGUCUAUUACAAUGGACUUCAGAGAAUGAACUGAUGCCAACUCCAACCAUAAGACAUGGGAUACUUCAUAUGCCAUUGCCUGAACCAUGGACUUAGGAUAGACCUCACCGAAAUUCCCUGCCAGGCCUGAUAAAGUACACCGAGUUGACAGAGUACCUGGUUCGUGCGGUGAGCAGUAUGCAGACAGAGCUGCAGGAGGCACGACAUGAGGUUGCGCGACUGCAAACCCGAUGCAGUGAGCUAGAGGGGAAACUGGGGCAGGCACAACAGAAUGUUGAAGAGUACAGCCAGAUGCAUGGAGAGCUUGAGCGACUGCGCAGUCAGCUGGCAGGUUUACACAGAGACUGGCUGAAACAGAAAGAUGAGAAGUAUGAUCUGUAUGUCAGAUACACCACAGCUGUGGAGGAAAAGUCUGUGUCCAGUGUACGCAACAGAGACCUACAACUGCAGGUUUACCAGCUACAAUGUGAGUUAAGGAAGGCUCAGAAAGAGACAGACUUCCAGAAGCACUGUUCCUUAAGGAAUAAUUCUCCUGGUGACUCACAGCAGCUCCAGGAAGAGGUCAACGCUCUACAUGCAAAGUUAAUUGUGCUUGAGAAAUUCUCACCGGCAUGCCAAGAUAUCCUGUCUCUUGAUCUGAAGGAGGCCAGAGACAGACGUUCAGAACUGGCUGAGGAGAUUAAUAGACUCAGAGAGGAGAAUGAACAACUCCAGCAAGAGAAAGAGGAGCUUCUGGAACAGAAGGACUGUUUGACCCUGGAUGUGGAGAAGUUGACUGUGGACUGUGAGAUGUACCAGCACAAGAGCGCACUCUUCCAGAGUCAGCUGGGAGAAGUCCAGGCUGAGAGAGACAGGGCAUAUUUGUCCCGUGAUGAGGCACAAGCCCACAUUGCACGAAGUCUCAUGGAGAAGGACACAAUGAGAGGCCAACUCAUGGAGCUUCAGGAGAAGGUGUUCACCAUGAACACCUAUAGCAGACAAAGAGAAGGAAGAGAAAAAUCCAGGGACAGGAUGUUCAGUUGGGAGAGCAGCAGAGACUUGUGCAGUGAGUCCCCCCCAUGCAGCCCCCGAGCCAGAGCUCAACAACAUGCCCAUCCCCCUGAGUGUUACCGCUUAAAUGACACCUCUGAGUUCAAUGAAGAAGGAAUCGGCAGUGUGCAUUCCAGUCAAGUGGAGCCUCCCUGUUCUGAAUCUCUCCGCAGACGAGAGUUUGAUUUCCCCUUCAGCAAUGACAGCCAUAAGGUGCUGACAGAUGACUCUUCCUGCGGGAAAGGCUGGCACAAUGAUUUUGCUUUCAAUCAUGGAGAUGAUGAUGAUGAUGAAGAACCAAAAUCAUCAGAAUCUCUUCCCUGCCAUUCUGACAGAAAAUCAUCCCCACCCUUCCUAAUGCGCUCCAGACAUCAGGCCCUGCGUAUCAGUGGUCGUGUGAUCAGCAUCUGUGUCCAUGGAGAAAAGCUUUUGAACCAGCUACAGGUAAUCGGGGGAAAUAAGACUGGUGUGUUUGUGUAUCAUGUGACUGAAGGAUCAUCAGCUCAUACCGCCGGCAUCAGCCCUGGAACUCAGAUACUCCAGCUGAAGUAUGAGCGGGAGCAGAGAGCUGUACAGAUGGUUCUGGAAGAUACCACAUUGGAGGAAGCUCUGUGGGCCCUGGGGCAAGUCCAGGGACUUUGCCACAUUACACUGAGACCCAGCCAGGAUGCCUACGAGAAUAUGGUGCAGCAGCUAAAGAGCGGUGAGGUAAUGUCGGGUGAUUCAUUUUAUGUCCGUGUGAACAUGGCUUUGGCGGGGGAUGUGUCUGGAAAUCUGGCAGUCAAGUGUAACGACAUACUACAUGUGACAAACACUCACUAUGGCAACGACGGCUCCUGGUGGGCCAGUCAAGUACACACCUGCCAACUGAUGGACCUGAAGAGUGGCACUUUACCUAACUACUACAGAGCACAGAGGCUGUUAAUCAGAGCUAUAGAGGUUUUGACCUACCCUUGCAGAACACACAGAAAGGUGGAGAGAGCAACAGCUCAUGAGAAACAGAGAGCAGUGAGGAUCGUCAGCACUGGUCAGCAGAACAGAAACCCAUUGUGGGUCAGUGUGGAGGAGGACAACAGUACAGCUCAAGAUAGUAAUGGCAGUGUGCCCAGAAGAUGUGUGACCCUGAUGCCCUAUACCCUGGUCACACCUCAUUAUCCACCCGUCUGCCGCCCAGUCCUCCUCCUUCCCACAAUCCUUGGCCAAAUCCUGCACAAACGAUUGGCAGAGCAGGAGGGUUAUCAGCUCUGUGAGUCAGAGUUGCUGAUAGCAAGUGAGCAUGCUGUUCGAAUGCAGAAAGGGGAGAUUCUUGAGGAGUGUGACUCGAAAACACACCGUUGCUAUACAACACAGGGGGUGGACAAGAUCAUGAAACGGGGCAUUCACUGUGUGUUACCACUGGGUUUGGACUGUGUGCGUCGCCUCCACCGUGCUGAAAUCUUCCCUAUCAUCAUCUUUAUCAUUUCAACGGAGAGGAGUGUCCGUAGACUCAGACAGAAACUACGGCAGAACUCAGUUACUGAGUCUCAGCUGCUGGAGUGUUCCAGCAAUGAGGAACCUCUUCUGGAUAAACUGCCCUGCCUUUACCGCAGCAUUCUACCAGAGAGCUGGCAUGACAGCACCACCCUAGUGGACAAUUUGAAAACUGCAGUGACAGAGGAGCAGAAUAAGAUUGUAUGGGUUGAGUCGGAUCUCUGGUGAGAGUUGGAGAAAAUAUGUUCAUGUAGUCUAAAUUCCCUCACCACAGGGACCAAUUAAGAGUGUUAGAGAUAAACUAACAGCACAUUCUGUCUAUUUAGAGCAAAAAAUGGAGGUCUAUUACAUAGCUGUUACAGAAGUGGAGUGCUGCCUUUUUGUAAACUGUUAACUAUGCUGCAAGAACCUAUAAGUUUGGUUACAGUUUACUGUAAGAUUCCAUUAGUUAACAUUACCUUACAAUUAUCAAUACUUUUACAGCAUUUAUUAAUUUUGUUUAAUUAUCUAUAAUUCCUCUGAACUAUAUGUUCCCUCUAUCUUGAAAGUUCUGUGUAUGAAUGAAAAACAUUUCAAUUGAAGAAAGCAAAUUACCAUAUCCCUUGAGUGACAUUUAAAUGCUAACAUGUUAGUUUGGCAAAACUGAUUAAUAUUUAACAUGUGUUUAUGAAACAACUUGAGGAAUUGUGUUCACCAUAAUGAGCUAGUCGAAAUAAUAAAUUACUUUUGAGACCAACAGAGCACAAAAUCCAGUUGAUCUAAUACUUAAUAGUACUCUUUAACCUAGUCUCGGAGAUUAAGAGGUAUUUGUUCAGUUCAAGAGAAAUACAAACAAGAUGUCAUUUCUGUACAGAAAUGCAAAGAAUGAGGAUACAGAGCACUGCCAGAAUAAUUUCCCUUCAAGCCUUGUAUCUAAUCUCAACCACUCUGCCAUAACAUUCUCCCAGACCAAACUGGUCACACAUUUUGAAAUGUUUUUACACUUGUUCAGUUGGCAUGUUAUUUUUGUGAAACAAAAAGUGAGCACUGAGAUCAGUGAUGUGAAAACAGACAGUUUAAAACUGAUAAGUAACUAUCGUAUAGUGAAGAUGAUACACAUUACAAUGUAAAUGUUUUUGUAUCUUCUAGUUCAAAUAAAAUCCUAU